GUAUGAAUCUAGUUCGUGUGCGCUCCAGUCCAUGCCCACUCCUGUUCUGCCGGUUGGUAGCACGUCGCUCCAUCAGGGUUUUGUUCUUUAUACAUACAAGAGUUGAUGGGAUUUGGCAGUGUCUUCUCUGAAUAAUUAUGUUUUUUUUUUGCUUCAUGUGCCUUGCCAAAAUUGGCAAAUCUCCUGGUCCAAGUGCCUCAAUAAUUUAUAUAUCUCCUAAAUAAGAUAGUAUCACCAAGCUCUAGUGCAUGACACUACCUUUCCCAAAUUAAUUCUUAGUAUUAUUAUUACUCCAGUUGCCAUCGAGUAGUACCAUGAUGCAUAAUUCGAACCUAUAGGGUUGAUGUUGUUCAGCUUAUUCGUAAUGCAGUCUGGCAGUAGUGAUCUGAUGAUAUUUGCAAUGGCAUGGACAAAAACAAGUCCAACCUAGUGGUCUUCAGAAACACUGGUAUCAGAUCACUUGUGGCAGGCACAUAAAAAACACCACCAGGGAAGUCUUGUUUGUUGGGCCUCUUUGACAAAACAAAAAAGCAUUCUCUGUUGGUGAAUUCGGCGUAGCUGUCCAGCAUUUAUAUUCGUGCUCCCAUCUGACGAUUCAGAUCUCCAGAAACACCACAGGGGUUUGGAUGGGAACACCAGGGCUUCCAUCUUUUCAUGACAGCAACUGAAUGUGCUAUUCCUGGACCCUUUUCUUUCAGAUAAGGUUCCGUUUUAGAGAUUCCCAGACCAGAAAAGAGGCCACGCUUUUCAUCUGUUUGUCCUCUGAUUUGGCAUCAAAGGUAGCAUAUCCAGGCUUAGCAAUGGAUCGGAUACUUGCCUUGAUCUGUCUGCACUCCACAUUCAGACACAUUCAGUUAUUCAGCACACAUGAAGCUUGAAAAAUUCUGCUUGUGCUCCUCUAGUAGCCCUUUAGUCAUCUGGAUAAAUCUGAACUUGCUUGGAUUCCUAAAUCGACAGCAUAAUGAACUGUCGUCUUCGGAAUCACGUAAGCCGGAAGCAAUUUCGGAGAACAAAAGAUGUGUCAAUUCAGACUCUGUUGUGCUUAUCCACAGGGCAAGCACUCCCAUUUCUAAGAUUCAGUUUGUCAUGAUCUCCACACCGACAAUAGCAACACAUGCUAUUUUAUCCUUGUACAACAACUCAGGACUCAUCUGCACUGUGGUGAGUCAGUCAAUGAGUGCAGCUGAGACUAGAAACAAGAGAUCCUUUUCAGUUUUAUGCAUCAAAUCAUCUCACCAAGUGAGAGAUAGAUAAAGGAGCAAACAAAGUGCAGCGAAAGAAGACAGAGAGAGAUUGUUCAGAGAUGAAGAGCAGCAGCGUCCAAGAAGCGUGUGAGGAUCAGCUGUCCGAGAUCAGCAGCCAGGCGGCGUCCAACAACAACGAGGCGUCCAACACCUCCUCCCGUCCCAAGCUCGCCCUCGACCUGUCGCUCACCGUCACCGCGGCCGCCGCCGCGGCGGCCACCGCCACCGCCGAGUCGAGCACCACCGACAGCAACGGCGGCCCGCAGGCCGCGCGCGAGCCGACGCGGGUGUUCACCUGCAACUACUGCCAGAGGAAGUUCUUCAGCUCGCAGGCGCUGGGCGGGCACCAGAACGCGCACCGGCGGGAGCGCACGCUGGCCCGGCGCGCGGUGCACCGGCUGGAGGCCUACCCCUACGGCUACGCCGACGUGGCCUCCCUCCCGCUCUACGGCUCCCCCGGGCUGUACCCCAUCGGCAUCCAGGCGCACGCGUCGGCGCUCCCGGGCGCGGCGGCGGCGGCGCAGGCGGAGCGGCAGCAGCACCAGCAACAGGACGCCGCCGUCCUCGCGGCCACGCCGGCGCGCGCGCGGGCGCUGCUGGGCCCGAUGCCGUUCCUCGUGGGCGGCGACGAGGAGGUCAGCUUCGGGUGGCCCGGCAGCUUCAGGCCACCCCCACCGAGCGCCGGCGUGCUCCCCCUCCUCCACUCAGGCCCCAACUUCGGCAGCAGCAGCGGCAGCGGCAGCAUCGUGGUGCAAGCCGACGAGGAGCCCGACCUGACGCUCAGACUCUAGCCGCCAUCCGUACGCACGCCGUCGAUCGCUACGCUUAUACGUACUGCUAGGUUGGUGCAACUCGUCAGGCUCCCGACGUCGAUCAACGGAUCAUGAUGGUAGACGACGACCCGUAUUUGUUUCAUGCGUGCGUACGUACGUACGUGGAAGUAUUUCUGUACAGUUUUGGUGCUCUUCUGUGGUAUUGGUAGUAGCGUGUAGCCUACAACUUCCCGCGGUAUAAAGAUUCAUGUGAUCAAUCAAUCAUGUUGCUGUGCCCAUGAA